AUACAUUAUGAUGGAAGACCACUCUGUUAGUCAUAUCUCAAAAAAAACAAGAAAAAAAUGCCAUCAUCUAUAAUGUCAAAAAUUCUGUUUGGUCUUCUCUUUACUAUGCUGAUAAUUCUGCAAAACUCAAAUGGACAAAUGGAGGAAUGGUGCAUAGCUGAUGAACAGACACCACAUGAUGUACUUCAAAUGGCACUAGAUUGGGCUUGUGGAAGAGGAGGUGCUGAUUGCAGUAAGAUACAAAGGAACAAAUCUUGUUAUAAUCCUAAUACUCUACUCGACCAUGCUUCCUAUGCUUUCAAUAGUUACUAUCAAAAGUUCAAGAAACAAGGUGCUACUUGUUACUUUCGUUCUGCUGCCAUGAUCUCUAAUCUUGAUCCCAGUCAUAACUCAUGCAAGUAUGAGUAUAUUCCCUGAUCACUUAAACACAGGAAGUCAAUUCAUAAUGCUACUUUACCUCUUGUUUUAGGUCAUGAUUUCAUUUCCAGAAAAUGCAGUGUUUUCUUUCAAUGAGUUAUUUUGUUGUUUGCUUUAUUGGGGUAUUUUCUUAGUAGCCAGGAACGUCAAAGGCUAUCUGGUAUCUCCAUGAGAUCCGCGGUUCCGCGUUCCCAAGUGAGAUCCGUGUUAGGAGCGCGC